AUGAGCCUCCACUUAAAUCAGAGUGAGUAUCUCUGCCACCCGGGCAAUUCUAACUGCACGGCCGUGUUUAAGGACUCCCUGAAUGCUGAGAACCAUAAGACGCAGCAUGUACCACACCAUGGGCCGACCCCCAUCCUACAUGAUGAAUUUGCACGCCUGUUUUCUACUGUGGAUGUCCCGGAUCACGUUCACUACAUCAUCGGGUCGGUCAUCCUUAUGGUGGGGAUCACAGGUGUAAUAGGAAAUGCGAUGGUUAUUUAUGUGUUCUGUCGGAGCCGCCCUCUACGUACACCAGGCAACAUGCUGGUGGUCAACCUGGCUGUGUCUGACCUCUUCAUGUCGCUCACACAGUCGCCUGUGUUCUUUGUGGCCAGCCUGCACGGACAGUGGGUGUUCGGCGAGCUUGCAUGUGAACUGUAUGCCUUCUGUGGUGGCCUCUUUGGUAUCUGCUCCAUGAUGACUCUAACUGCUAUAGCUGUCGACCGCUGCCUCGCCAUAACCCAGCCUUUUGCUUUGCUGGGACAGGUCAGUCAAGGAAGAACUGGUAUAGUCCUAGCUCUGGUGUGGUUCUAUGCUGUGGGAUGGAGUCUACCUCCUUUCUUUGGAUGGAGUGCAUAUGUUCCAGAGGGACUCCAAACCUCCUGCUCUUGGGACUACAUGUCGUUCACGCCAUCGGUGCGUACCUACACCAUCCUUUUGUUCAUUUUUGUCUUUUUUACCCCUCUGAGCAUUAUCGCUGCCUGUUACUUGGCUAUCUUUCAAGCCAUUCGAAAAACACAGAUGGAGGUAAGACGGCUUAACUCAAGUGAGACACAUAAGAUUCUCGACUGCAUCAAGACUGAAUGGAAAAUGGCUAAAGUGGCCCUCUUGGUUAUCUUUUUAUUUGUGAUUUCCUGGUCGCCUUACUCUGUAGUGGCUCUCACAGCCACAGCUGGCUAUGCCCACGUCCUCACUCCUUAUAUGAACUCCAUCCCUGCGGUGAUCGCUAAAGCCUCUGCCAUCCACAACCCUAUCAUCUAUGCUAUUACACACCCUAAGUACAGACUAGCUAUUGUGCGCUAUGUUCCACUUCUUCGCCUUAUCCUGUGUGUUGGAAUGAAUAAGCACUCAUCCUCCAUCUCCACCAGUGGCACCUCUUCUCAUCAGACAGCCCUAACCAGCCAGCAUGCCCUAGGUGUCCGGAUCAGCAAUGCCACACAUGGUACCUGCCGCUGGGGGAAGACAAGGCUGUCCUCUGCUUCUGACACAGAGUCCUGCUGGACAGACAGCGAGGCUGAUGGCUCCAGUACCAACUCUUUGCCUUUCUCCAGACGCGUGUCUACAGAGAUCUCUUCAGACACUGCAAUACCUCCAGAUCAGGCUGGCAUGAGCACAGGAAUUGGGCUGAAAAUGGUGAAGGCUGACAGAGUUAGCAGCAUGCCUGUGCCCUCCAUUAUCUUGGAACCAGAGGGAGGAGUGCUUUCUGACAGUAAAUCUUUUCUUCUAUCGGGUAACAACUGAAAGGGCCUGGUGGUUGUUCUCCUUAAAAAAUUGUU